AUGGAGACACCGGCGAUGAACCUGAGCUUGACGAUGAGGAUUGCCUCUCACCAGAUCGAGUUCCAGCAGCAGAAUCCUCAGCAAAUGUUCUGUGCGCCGCAGAACUACCAGAUGCCGUCGAUGCAUCCACAGUCAUCCCUUCCGGCGCCUUGGGGCACGGUCAACCCCUUGGAUACGAUCAAAGAAUUUGGCUCUCAGACCUCGGAGACGCCUCAGCUGUUCAGACAAGGUCACUAUUGGAACGGUCCCGAGAGCAACUACGACCCAACUCUUUCGAUGCCGCUAGACUUCGGCGGCGAGUCUCAGGAGAUUGGCUUGCAUGCCUAUCGUAGCAACAUGGCCACCGGCAAUUCCGAGUUCGAGAACCAGCAUCUCGGCCUUAAAGCCACGCCUUACAGUAAUUCGCCUACCGGAGGCUACCUUUUCUACAGUCACAAUCCAGCUGACGUGGCUUUCGAUGCCUCGCCUCACACCGUCAAUCCUUCGACCAAUACUACUCAAGAAACCCUACCUCCUCAUGGUCUAAGCUCGAGGACUCCCAUUUUCCGCGAGAAGGAGAGUGGAGAAGAAGCCUUGGAUGACGUUGACUUCUCCCAGUGGAUUCAUGAAGAGGAGGUGUAUAACUAG